AUGCUCAGCAUAAUUUCAGAAAGUAGGCAGAAUGGGCUGGCAACCCUUGGAAUUGUUGUUGCUACUUUGGCGACCUAUGUUCUUCUAAGAGCUUGGUACAAUCUUUACCUGCAUCCUCUGCGGAAUUUUCCCGGACCAAAGCUGGCAGCCAUCGGUCCUUUCUACGAGUUCUACUUCGAUGUAGUGAAGGAUGGAAUGUUCUUAUGGGAGAUGGAGAGGAUGCACGAAGAGUACGGCCCUAUUGUUCGAGUAAAUGCCAAUGAGCUCCACAUUCGUGAUCCGCACUACUAUAGCACGGUCUACGCUGGAAACCACCGAAGCACAGACAAAUACCAUGAUGCAGUUGCCGCAUUUUCGGUUCCGCAAGCCAGCCUCGCCACCAUUCACCACAAAGUCCACCGGUUACGUCGUUCGAUCCUGAGCCCUUACUUCUCAAAGGCUGCGGUUAUUCGGCUGGAGUCAGCUAUCCACGAGAGGAUUGAGCGUUUAUGUUCGCGGUUAGAGGAGACCAUGCAUCGUGGACAGAUUGCUGACUUAGACGCUGCAUUUGCCGCACUAACCGCGGACAUUGUGACGGCGUAUUUCUACGGAAAAAACUCCGACUAUCUCGGGAGUGAAGCCUUCAAGUUUCCAGUGAGGGAAGCCAUUCUAGGGCUUAUUCAGUUCUAUCAUUUUACUAGGUUCUUUCCGUGGGUCGCAGAUACCGUCAAGAAGUUGCCUAUUCCGAUCAUGCGAUUGAUUCACCCAGGGGCCUCGUAUCUUGUCGCAUCUCAGGAAGAGAUUAAAGACAGUAUUCGUGCCUCUUUAGAGAAAGGGAAACAAGAACCAUCCAAAUCCGUGAUCGUGCAAGCACUAGAAGACCCAACCAUCCCGCUCCAGGAGAGGACACUUGACCGUCUUGGAGACGAAGGUACGACGAUUAUUUUUGCAGGCACAGAAACAACGGCAAGAGCUCUCAGUGUUGGCAUGUUCCAUAUUUUGAACAACAAGUCUAUCCUAAAGAAGCUGCGCGAGGAGUUAGACUCUUUGCCAAGUGUGUCGAACGGCGUAUACUCCCAUUCUCAACUUGAAUCUCUUCCUUAUCUAAGCGGAGCGGUUCAAGAGAGUCUUCGGCUCUCCCAUGGCCCAGCAAUACGGCUCCCCAGAGUUUCGAAUGAUAAGGCCUUGACGUACGGUGAUUAUAUAAUCCCGCCGGGUACCCCCGUCAGUCUAUGUACUGUCCUGGUCCACCUGGACCCGUCGAUAUUUCCAGAUCCCCAUCUCUUUGACCCUGAGCGCUGGGUCAGGGCGUCUAAGGAGGGUGUCAACCUUGAUAAGUUUAUCGUUGCGUUUACGAAGGGCACUAGACAGUGUCUUGGAAUCAAUUUGGCAUACGCGGAAAUAUACCUGACCAUUGCCAGGCUCGUUCGCACCUUUAAUAUGGAGAUAUGUGACACUACGCCAGACGAUCUAGCAGUGCAUCAUAUUCGACUGACUGGAGCGCCCAAGCAUGGGACAGGGGAAGUGAAGGUGAAAGUUACUGAAAAGUUCUAA